AUGGACGACGAGGGGUCGGUGGAGAUCGAGGAACUCUUCGCUCUGCUCAACCAAAGGCAGGAAACGGGAGGCGAGGCUGAAGGGCACGGGCCCAACGAAGAAGGCGCGGGUCGUGAUGGAGUUGGUGCUAGCCCCGAUCAGAACGUUCGACCAAUCAACGAGCUGCGCAUGCUGAGUGUGGCGAGGAAGGACUUCGGCAAGGUCGAGCGCGUUGCCCGCUCGAUGACCGCGCAAAGGUUAGCGGCGGCGAGGGUCGAGUUGGAGAGCUCGGGCAAGACGACCGAUGAGGGCGUGAAGGAGCUUCUCAGGAGCCUCUCGCUGUACGGCCACCGGCAACCCAUGUCGAGAGAGGUUCGGCUCAAUAUGCGGCGGAAAAUCCAGUCGCUCAUCGUUGGCUACGGCGUUCCGGCCAUCUGGUUCACCAUCAACCCAAACGACAUUACGAACCCGGUGAAGCUGCGACUGGCGGCAUAUCGGACACGCGAUCCCGGCGCGGCCGAGGAGUUCCUAGAAGGCCUUGGGAGUGCGUACAAGCGGACAAGGCUGGCCAUGUCCGAUCCGAUGAGCGCCGCCGUAUUCUUCCACCGGGAGAUGAAGCUGUUCUUCGAUCAUUACGUGAAGGUCGGAGAAGAGUCGGUAUUCGGGCGCAUCGGCAAGUACUAUGGCGCUGUGGAGACCAACGAACGAGGGGCGCUUCAUGUUCACGGCUUGCUCUGGUUGCACGGAAACGCGCAUCUCAGCUCGAUGCUUGCCGACAUCCACGGGGAGGAUCAGGCGGCGUAUCGCGAGCGAAUCAUACGAUACGUCGAUAGUGUCUUCUCCGAGGAUCUGGAUCAGGAAGGGUUCUGCGCCGUGCAAGCGGAGCGAUCUGUGACGUCCGAUAUUUCCUCCCUGCUGGACAACACCGAGCAGUUUUCGGCCGCAUUUGACGAGGAGGCCAACUUCUGUGCCGGCGCUACACAGGUUCACACGCAUAGCCCGACCUGUGUCAACGCCUGGGCGUACCUGAACACAUCUCUGCUGUACUGGGAAGUCUUUCGACGGUGGCCGUAUCUCCGACGAGCAAGUGGCGCGGCGGCCAUAGAUGAUACUCUGGAUGAGUCGGUGCUCAGGCGGCCGGGCAAGCAUGCUACCGUCUGCCUCGAUGGCUACCUGAGCAAGGACUUCGGCCACAACGACGACGAGGAGUCGUGCCACCGGAGGGCAGCCGUGCAGCAUCUUGCGCUAUUUGUGCCGUGGGAGUCCUUUCUGUGCGAAGAAACAGGUGAGAUCAAUAGCAUCUGGGAGCGGGCGCGAGAGGCGCUGGCCCCGAGAAUAUCAUGUCUCGUCGACAACGUGCAGCUGCUUCGACGAUCAGCCGAAGACGCAAAGCGCGACGCCAAGCAAUGGGCGGCCUCAUCCGGCGAUGGCGAUUCCACGGUCGCCCACGUCGAGGAGGGCGAGACAGGCGAGGCGGGCGCAGAAUUUGCAGCGACGUAUCGGUCCAACAACAUCGGAGACGCAACGCGCCUGAUCGACGUCGUCCGAGGCGCAGUGGGCACGAAUCAGGUGACGGCCAAGUCGCCGGAGCUCAUGGCAAUGAUGCGGCAGCUCUGUCGAUUCCAGCAAUCGGCGCUCUGCUCAACGGCCGAGCUCGAGGCCAUCGCGAUUCCCGAACAAGGGUUGAGGUGCAUAAGCAUGCCAGGGCGGGUAUUUUCCGGGGCCGCACUACCGCCGCAGGAUCAGGUCAAGGCUAUCAAGUCGCAGCAGAUAACCAAGGACCUUGACGGGGUGCGGCUGACAAAACGGGCGGAGCGGUUCAUCCACGGCCAGUCUCGGAUGGACUGGCAGGAGAAGGACGUGCUUGUCAUCGACGAGAUUUCGGGGAUCCCCAUCGUCCUCUUCUGCGGAGACUUUCAGCAGUUCCGGCCGGUCCAAGAGAGGUCGAUCGUCCUGCCGAGCGCGGCCAUCUCGUGGGACGUAGACAACUCGUUCAAGGCCGAGCAGCGGCACCAGCACGACAAAGCGCACGCGCUGUGGAAGAGAUUCACGACGGUCGUCAUGUUGAACGAGCAAAUGCGCGCCGCCGGUGAUCCGGAAUUGCAGGGGCUGCUGAAGCGGAUCCGGCAGGGUGUGCAGGACCGCACGGAUCUGGACCUCCUCAACUCAAGGUGCUACCGCGAGGGCAGGCGGAUCCUUUGGGAGACUGGCAUCACCGUGGUGACGCCGCUGAACAGGAAUCGGUGGAACCUAAACAUGGAGGCAAGCUUGGCGUUCCGGGUCCAGCAGCGGUCGACGAUGCGCAUCUUCAUCUCCGAGCACAAGUGGAAGGAGGGCCUGCCGACCGAGGAAGAAGCGAUCAUGGUACUCAAUCAAGGCGACGAUAGCGCGAUCCCCGUGCCGGCCGUCUUCAUGUUCGUGGCCGGGAUGCCGGUCGUCGUGAACCACAACACCCAUCAGGGGCUGAAGCUGGUGAACGGCGCCGGCUACUCGGCGGUGGAGGUCAUUGUCGACAAGGCGUCCCCAGGGCAUCGAAUCUCGUCCGACAUGACGAUCCACUUCGGCCGCCGGCGGGGAUAUUACUGGAAUCGGCGACGACAAAGGACCUCCACUUCGUCGGGAUGCCGCCGGGCACGAUCUUGUUAA